UGUCGAUGUGUCCUUGAGCAAGACACUUAACCCCAAAAAGUUCUCCCGUAGCGGUGUAGAGAUCUGAAUUGUAAGUCGCUUUGGAUAAAAGCGUCUGCUAAAUGACUGUAAUGUAAUUGUCAAAAUAGUUUUCCUAUCAGACUGGAGGGGUUGUGAAAACUUUGUGUCUUAGUCAAUAAGUCAACACUACUUCAAGAACCUAGAAAUGACCUUUCCCACCCCUUUCCUCUCCAGUGGUCUCCUCGGGCGUAGGGGUGGAGGAAGGAAGGAAGGUGACCAGUCUCGAUGGUUUUCCUGCAAUUGUUGGCUCAGCAUUAAAACAAAGGAGAAAUGACAAAGGAUUCAGAUGCACACAUAUACAACAAUAAAAUCCAGACAGCGCGCACAUCUUCUCUAGCAAACUGAAGACCACUUGAGAGGCCAUGACCAGAACACUGCUAUUGCUCCUGUCUGCUCUUUGCUGCUGCCUAGCGGACAAUGUGGAGCUGCUCCGCACUAAGAGAGGGACUCGUUUUUACAGAGGUGAGCCCGACAGGAAGCCAGCGAGACGGACGCUUUUGAUUAUUCAUAUCAAGAAGCCUUCACCCUCCUUUGACACCUCCCUACAUUGUGUGGACGGUGGGAGUGGGACGUCAGCGGUGCGUAGUUUUGGGGACACUUGGCUGCGAUGGAGGGGAAAGCGUGUGGAGUAUUGCCGUUGUGCGUUGAGAGGACGAGAGCGUUGUCAUAUUGUGCCCAUCAUCAACUGCUACGUGUCUCAGUGCUACAACGGAGGAACCUGUAAGGAGGCCGUGUACACUUCGGACUACAUUUGCCAGUGUCCCCCAGGCUUCAGUGGGAGUCAGUGUGAGAUCAACUCCAAUGAGAAAUGCGUUGUGGGGCAGGGUGACGGGUACCGCGGCACAUGGAGCAGCAGCCAUUCGGGAGCGGAGUGCAUCAACUGGAACUCUACGUCUCUGAGGGGAAGGAGGUUCACCGCCAGGAAAGUGGACGCCAGCAGUCUUGGACUGGGCAAUCACAACUUCUGCAGGAACCCCGACAACGACAGCACUCCUUGGUGUUACAUCUAUAAAGGCACUCAGAUCGUCUGGGAGUUCUGCUCCAUGCCCAAAUGUCCAGAAGAUGAGUACCAAGAAUGUGUGCAGGGCUCCGGUGAGUCAUACCGAGGCACAACAUCCGUCACGAAGAGCAGCUCUCGCUGCCUCCCGUGGGACUCUCCCGCUGUCAAGCGCAAGCUCAACAACGCUUGGCGAUCUGGCGCGUUGGAGCAGGGGCUGGGCAGCCACAGCUUCUGCAGGAAUCCAGAUGGUGACGCAGGUCCGUGGUGUCACACCUACAAGAGUAUGAAGCUGACCUGGGAGCUGUGUGACAUACCUACAUGCUCGAGACGUCCAUCCAUCAUCAGCACUCUCGGCCCACGUGCCCCCACCACUAACAACAAUAACGGAGCAACAUGUGGCCAGCGCUUAGACAACACGCUGAAUCGCCCAGCGUUCCGCAUGUUUGGGGGCAGACAGAGCGACAUCACGGAGCAGCCGUGGCAGGCGGCCAUUAACGUUUACCAGGCCCGUCACAGAAAACACUUUCACCGAUGCGGAGGAGUCCUCAUUGACUCCUGUUGGGUCCUGUCUGCUGCACACUGCUUCGAGGACAACGAUAAAGCAGAAAAAUUAGAAGUGAUUUUGGGAAGAACGUUCCGGAAGCAGAAUUCCAGCAGCGAGCAGAUUUUCAAGGUCGAGAAGUACUGGAAUCACGAGAAAUUCGACAACGAAACAUUUGACAAUGACAUUGCUCUCUUGAAGCUAAAGACGGAUAUUGGCAUCUGUGCUGUAAACUCUCCAGAGGUUCUUCCUGCGUGUCUGCCUGAACGUGGGCUGGUUCUGCCCGACUGGACCGAGUGUGAGAUCUCAGGCUACGGAAAAGACUCAGAAUUUGCUGCAGAGUUCUCCGAGCGCGUUAAGAGAGGUUACGUCCGCCUGUGGCCCAAAGAGCGCUGCGUCCCAGAUGUGCUGUCCCAACGCACAAUCACAUCCAACAUGCUGUGCGCAGGUGACACCCGAGGUCUGGACGACGCCUGCAAGGGAGACUCUGGUGGCCCGCUUGUCUGUCGGAACAAUGACAAGAUGACUCUGAUGGGUGUGAUCAGCUGGGGCGAUGGGUGCGGGCAGAGGGAUAAGCCCGGGGUCUACACCCGUGUCACCCAUUACAUCGACUGGAUCAACAGCAAAAUCAAGGCAAACCCUGUCUAAAGUAAGAGAGGCUGCAAAGACAACGUUGCCGGAUGACCAUACCCAUAACCUCAGUGUGUAAAGCAGCAAACGCAGAUCUGUUGAUCAUUGUGAAGAUUCACAAGAGAGAACCACAGGACUCUUGAUUCUGUUCAUCUCUUGAUCUCAAUUCAAACUGAUGGGAGGUUUUAAACCAGCAGAACCACUCCAACAGAGGCGCAAGGAUCUCAAUCAUGAGUUUUCAUUCUCAGUGUUCUCAAGUGUUCUGGUUGUUACUGUGUUGAAUGUGACAGUACAUGUGAACAAAAAAACCCCACAGGGAGUUUGUUCUCGUUCUGGGCCAUCUUGAUCGCAUUAUCGCGAUAAUGUGAGAAUUUCGUGCCUUUUCUGAAUAUUUCAUCCACCAAAACUGGAGGUUCGGGCAGUGAACAGGAAAUAUAGGGAAUAUCUGUAUAAUCCUCUGCCCUUUCUGGCUGCCUUUGUGCUGGUUUAUAUAAAUAAGUCACAGUUGGUAGACUUCAGAUCAGUAGCACUUUUAAUCCAAAAGCACACUCCAACUCAACACUGGCAUUUACUUUGUACAUCACAGUAUGUCACAUAGGAUUUUUGUUUUUUUUUAAGUUUUGUGCAAAGAUUGUGUCUUCUAGAUGUGAGGUUGCGUUGCCUCAAUUACAAAUGUUCUGCAUUUGCUCUCUUUGGGGCUUUAGGGGUUCCAGACCAAAACACAAAACGUAUAUCUGCUGGUUCAGAUUAUGCUUGUUUCUGCCGUUUGAACUCCUUUAGCUUCCCGCUGCCUUGUAGAGGGGAUUACAUUUGGACAGGUGGAAGCUCUGAGACACUCACUCCAUUCCAUAAACCCAUGCCCCAUUCCUUUUUCUUACGAUUUGUUUUUAAAUGAGAUUUCCGGAGCAUUUCUCCACCAGACACCUGGGUUGAGCCCAGCAUGUAUAUAACAUGUAUAUUGUCUGAAUAUUACUUUUUAUAUUGCAAAUGACUUAGGGCUGUUCUUUUAUGUUCUAUAUUACAACUGCUUAUUGACUGCACAACGUAUCUCCUUAACAAACUCACUUUGUUCUGUGACUGGAUUUUAGAUGUAUUUUUUACUAAGUUAAUAUUUAUGUGUAUUUUAUUUUGUAUUGGAGAAACUACUUUCGUAGUGUGUAGUUUGAUAAUUUAUUGUCUCUGUCAUUAUAACCACAUCUGGCAACAUACUCCUUUGUCAAUAAAUAAUAUUUGGAGUAAA